AUGGAAGACAGCGCCGUCAACCUCUCCACCCUGGGUGCGCUGGUGUGGCUUGGAGGGAGUCGACCACGCAUCAACGCCGAGGAGGUCAGGAACGCCAUCGCCACCAAAUUCGUCAUCAACCGCAACUUCAUCAAGGUGGUGCCGCACUAUCCAGAGGAUUUCUUCGUCCUCUUCUCCCACCAGCACCACCGCGACCUAGUCACCGCCUCGCCGGGCCGCUUCAACCACGGCGGGCUGGACUUCCACACCGCCAAAUGGAGGCCGGAGGCACACGCUGAUCUGGUGGAGGCGUACUACCAUGUUCACCUGUGCAUUGAAAAUCUGCCGCUCAACGCAUGGUGCAACGAGGUGGCAACCCAAGUGCUCGGCCCCGACACUUUCCUGCACUACUUCGACAUCGCCACAGUCAAGAGAGAUGACGCCUCCUCCCUCGACCUUUGGGCAUGGUCUGCCAACCCCUCCGCCAUCCCCAAGGUUCUCCGGCUGACGGUCACUAACAACCAGCCGGCGGGCUACAGCAACGGCCCAAGCGCUGCCGUUGGCCGGCGUGGGCUCAAGCGGCGCGUCCUGGUUCACCUCAACCUGGUUGAGGAUUUCACCCCCGACGCCAAUGGCAACAUCCCCCGCCGGCCUCGUUCCUUGCAUCCGUUCACCUUUCGCUAUGGGGUCAUCGAUGGUGAAUCCAGGAUGCGGGACAGAAUGGAGGUAGCUGGGAGACGUCACGACAGCCACGACCGCGACCACGACAGGGAUCGCGACCACGACCGCGACAGAAGAGACGACGACCGUGACCGUGGCCGCCGUGGGCGCGACGAGCGCCCUUCCUCCUGGCAAGAGCGCUUCUUCCGGAGCAGGUCUCGCGCCCCUGAGCGUCGCCAUGACGAUGGGCGCCGAGACAGCAGAGAGGACCGCCGGGACGACCGUAGCUGUCAAGGGCGACGUCGCCGUCACGAGGCCCCCGACGCGCGCUCCAUCGACAACAAGCUGGUCCAGCGCCUCUCGGACGGCGCCGUCAUCCCAGCCUCUGGUAGACGCGGCCGUCGCCGCCCUGCGGACUGCCCGACACGCCCUGGGCGCUCUGGGGGGGAGGCUGCUAGCCCGGUCAACGAAGACACCCGUGGCCGCUCGCCCCCUUCCUCGCCACGCUCGACCUCCUGUGAUGUGAUUCAGCUCACCUCCGUGCCAGGCCAGGUCUCUUGGCUGCGGUGGAUCGCUCCCUGUUUCGACACCAAGCAACGACAGGCAGCUGUGUGCCCUGCUCUGGCGACGCCAACACCUCCCCGUACCACGACCCUGGACAUCAUCGAGAUCAUCCCGUCCUCUCCUGUAGUGCAAGACAGUGGAGCUGCUGCUCCAUCUCCUUCCUCCGAAGCUGAGGCUGAGCCGGUCACCCCGAUCUUUGUCCCGGCUGUCAGCCCGGUUGCUGGCAAUGCGGGGACACCGCCGUGCUCUCCCCUAUUUGUCGCCUGCCAGCCAUCCCUGCUCGCUGCACCAAGCUCGCCCUCCCCAAGGCCAAGACCACCGACAAGGAGAAGGAAGACGCUGGCUGGAGUCGUAGGCUUCAACCUUACUCGCUCCAGCCCUCGUCUCCAAGCCAAGGGGAGAAAGAUGCCGAUUGCGAAGAUGGCGGAGAAGCUGCUAUGCCAGCGCAUGGGCGUCGUGGAUGAAGGCCAACAAGUCACAGAUGAAGCCAUUGACAAAUUUGUGGCCAUGUUCCAAGGGCAACUCCCUGACAUCACAGUGGCAGCUCUCCGGGCGUUGUUCAACCUCGACUGUGACUUGGCGCAAGCCGUCGAGGAUGCCCUGGUGGCUCAUGGUGGUGAGGCGGGUCCGGAGCUGCAGGCGGUGAUGGGGGACGCGUCCGGCUCGGCGGAGUGA